UUGACUGUGGAGCUGAACAUCCGAAAAGGCUUCGUUCUACAAAGUUAAGGAAACAUAUUGCCACAAUGACUAGGCUUUUUAACUUGUCUGAAAAUGAAAUAGACAUUCUAGCUAAAUUUCUUGGUCACGACAUUCGGGUACAUAGAGAAUUCUACAGAUAACCAGAUGGAACCAUGCAGGUUGCCAAAGUCAGCAAGCUUUUCAUGAUGAUGGAAAGUGGACAAAUUACCAGAAAUUCUGUCAAUUCGCUAGACGAUAUUGAUGUGGACGACGAAUGUAUUGUAGAAAAUGAAAAUACUAAAGACCUUGAAACUCUGCUUCCCAGCACCAGUCAACCAAAAAUAACAGACAAAGAAAAGGGUACUUCAAAUACCAGGAGAACAAAACAAGCAGCCAAAAAGCAAUGGAGUGAAAACGAAAAAGUAGCUGUUCACAGACACUUUGAUCGUUUUUUGAUAAUGGGUAAAUUACCAGGGAAAAAAUCAUUACUUGCAUGUAUUGAAAGUGAGAAUGACCUUCACAACAGAAGUUGGAAAAAUGUCAAAGACUUUUGCAUAAAUUUAAUUGAAACAAAAAAGCAACGGGGACUUUUAACUUAAAAAAAUAUAACACAUAUAAUGCACGUUUAGGAGAAUACGUUAAAGGAUGAAGUUGCCACAUGUGUUUUGUGUGUUUUCUUGUUCUAUAUACUCUUUUCGAAAACGAUAUAUGUGUGCUUAUUGUAUUUGAAUGUUUUAUUAAUACGGUUCAGUCAAAAACGAUAUUUGUUCAUUAUCAUAUCGCCGAACAAAUUAGGAUUGGUAUAUAGUUCGGUCAAAGAGUGUUUCUUUGUACUUUCUAUUACGAGUUUCUACGAGUUACUCACUAUACAAGUUAUUUUUUACCCCAAACUUGGUGAAUAUGAAUGAAUAUAGCAAACAUGAUAACAAAUCAAUCUAGAAGGCUAAACGUUCAGAGAAGGCACAAAAAAAUUCAGUCGGAUAAAUGGAAACAAACAUUUUGUUCAAGCAUAACAAACAAACACUUUUAGAUAUAAUAAGAUUAAUGUAAAUAACAUAAAAAAAACUACUGCUAAA